CUGACUUAAAGUGGUCAUUAGAGCUUGUUGGGGCCCAUUAUUUGGCGUUUGGCAUUCUGGGAAUGCACAGACUCCUCACCCGACCUGUUUUACCAGCCCCACCCCGAGCUCGGUUUAUGAGCAGCGUGAGUUUCACGUGAGCUGGCAUUUCCGUAUUUCCUUUGACUGAACAGAAGAUCUCUAACCGCCGCGAACCAAGAACCUUUCCGGUUGUCCAUUUCACACAGGUCUGGCCUCUAAAAAAAAAAAAUCCAGCUCCCCAACAUGGCCUCCGCCUGGUCAGAAGAGGAGACCUUUGUCUGCUCGGUGUGCCUGGACACCCUGAAGGACCCGGUGACGCUGCCCUGUGGUCAUUCGUACUGCUUGGCUUGUAUCCAGAGCCACUGGGACAAGAGAGACGGAAAGGGUCAGUGCAGCUGCCCCCAGUGCAGGCAGGUCUUCAACCCUCGACCCUCCCUGGCCAAGAGCACGGUGCUCGCCGAGUGCAUAGACCAACUGAGAACCAAGGGCCUCAAGCAGAAGUCCUCCGCCCCCGUCUCCUCUGCGCCACCGUCCACGCCGCCCAUCUACCUGGAGGUCCUGCCGGCAAGAGAGGCGCAACGGGGCGGCGUGUACCCUCCGCUCCCCACGGAGGACCCCGGGGCCUGCCCUCAACACGGCCGACCCCUGGACCUGUUUUGCUGCGAGGACAUGGAGCGCGUGUGCGAGGUGUGCUGCCAGCACGGACACGAGGGACACCGCGUGCGCAAAUCCCAAGAGGAGAGGGAGGAGAGACAGAAAGAGCUUUCUCAGAUGCAGGCGGACCAACAGAAGAAAAUCCAGGCGGCCUCUAAGAGGCUUGUGGAGCUCCCGCAUGCCGCCCGCCAACACAAGGCCCUGCUGCAGGCCCUGAAGCGAGAGAGCACGGACGUGUUCACGGAGCUCGUCGAGAGCGUGACCCGGACCGGCGUCGGGGUCGGCGAGGCCCUCGGCAACCACGAGGCGGCCCUGGGCAGCCUGGUGGAGGGCCAGGUCCACGGGCUGCAGCAGGAGGUGGCGACGCUGCGCUGGAAGGGCGAGGAGCUGAGCCGGCUGGCCGACACGCAGGACGACGUCUGCUUCUUGAAGAACUUCCUGGUCAUGGAGCCGCCGGGUCAGGCGGGUCCCCCGGGAGAGUCCGUACUGAGCCGGGAGGAAGCGGUGGUGGCCUCCGUCCGCUCGGCCAUGAAAGAACUGCAAGAGUCGAUGGAGGACCUGUGCAAAACCAGCCUGGCUAAGAUCGCCACAUUAGUGCAUUCCAGUGGUCCAGCAGCUGCUAACGACAGCGGUCAGGCCACCACACCUAAAACAGAGUGCGAGACGACGAGCGACCUCCCGCCUUCGCUGCCUUCGCGGCCUCCCUUGAGGAACCUCUCAGAGUCGCCGCCUCCACCCGUCCCUCCUCGACAACCUCAACUGGAACGUGUCCCACCGGAGCCGAUGACGAGGGAAGAAAUGCUGAAGUUCCGCUUCGAACCCACCAUGGACGGCGACACGGUGUUCCGGCACGUGCAGCUGACGGACGGCGGGCGCAAGGCCACGAUGCGAGCGGAGAACCUGAACCUGCCGGAGCACCCGGCGCGCUUCACCUUCUGGAGGCAGGUUCUCUGCAAGGAGGCUCUGGCAGGAAGCCCUUACUACUGGGAGGUGGAGUGGACAGGAAAGAAGAUCACCAUCGGCCUGGCCUACAAGGAGAUGGAACGCAAGGGUUCUGACGACGGCAGCCGCCUGGGCCACAAUGCUCAGUCCUGGAGCCUGUACUGGUCCGGGACCGGCUUCUCCUUCUGGCACGGCGGCCAGGAGAAACUGCUGGGCUCGCCGAAGGCCCGGCGGGUCGGCGUCUAUCUGGACCAGCACGCGGGGGUUCUGGCUUUUUACCGCGUCGCCCACAACCAAGCGGACCUCAUCCACCAGCACCAGAGCCACUUCACCGGCCCACUGUUGGCAGGGUUUAGGUUCUGGACAGGAGUAGGUUCUACAGUGACAGUUUGCCAACUGGAUUAAGUUGCACAUGGAA